GCUGUAGCAACAGUAUAUCUAUCUACUGACCGCACACGCUCUUUGUUUGGCUUUCCUGGGAAUUCACCCCGCUUCACGUACCUAGAUACCAACUAGAAGCUCCCCGCCGCAGGUUCCUCCAACGACUUUUCGCCCUUCAUCAAGCAUGCCGCACUCUACCCACGGCUCCUCGUCGACCAACAUGUCUCGCUCGUCCGAUGCCUCAACAAACUCGGCCGCCAACGCCUUCCCAAAACCCGCAGGAGCCGCCCUGUUGGCUCCCGAGACUGCCACUGACCGUCUCUCCCCCUCUCGCUCCACCUUUUCCUUUGAGUCCUCGCCCGCUUCCGCACAGCUCGGUCCGGAAGACGAGGUGCCCGGUAUGCAGUCCACAUAUUCGAGGCCUUCCGUCGAGCGGAGAAGUGCACGACAAAGCACUCGCCAGCGACACCGCUAUUUCGAAGAGCAGUUCGCUUACAAGGACGAUGCCACCUCUGCGGCCCGCGACCGCGUCGUCGGAGAUGCUCCCAUCAUCGCAGACCUCAGAACAAAUGUCAUUAUCAAGGAUGAAUACACCCUGGUGACCGAUCUGUCCCACCACCUCUCCCAACGAUAUCAGCGUCCCGAGUCUUCCAUCAUGAUCACCGUAAACCACUCAGCAUGCCUUCUCCUGGGCGGCUCCUUCGACCCUACCUACGUUCUCAGCAUCUCGGCCCUGCCCGUCCAACUGCAACCAACCACAAACAAGCGCAACGCCGCCCUGAUACAAAAGUUCAUGUUCGAAUCCAUCGGAGUACAGGCGGAACGAGGAAUCGUCAAGUUCAUACCCAUCGCCGAAGAGAAUCUGGCCAUCAAUGGAACUACGAUUCUCGGCGACGUCGAGAGGCUCGAGCGACAAACCGCCGGGGACAAUCAAGGUCUAAUGAGGGCUCUCACGAAGAGCUCGAAACGCUCGGGAAUCGCCAAGGCAAAGAGCAAUGUACAACUUUCAAGAACUAGUUCGCGAGCAGUAGGAGGAGAUAACGUCACCACGUCGCCCCUCCCUAGCCCGGGACCCCUGGACUCCGGUGUGGCCAUGAACGACGAGGGGACAGAUUCACUUGCACCCUUGCAAAGCGACGGGAACUCUGCGAAAAAGAAGCCGUUGAAGCAUUCAGGCUCUAAAUUCAUGAGAGACAAGUCGGGUGCCAGUACGGCCACCACGCUCGUCCCUGGCGAUGCGGCGGGACCUAGGCUCGGAUCGCGAAAGAGCUUCAUCGCCUUGUUCCGGAGAUAGAGUUUCGCAUCAACAUUGUGCGGAUUAAGGGUCUCGCUGUUUCGUGGCCUGGCUUCGGAACAAGCCGAGCGGUGGCUCGAACGUUACUGGAGCGUUGCGGGCGCGCACGAAGCUGGAAACUAUCUUAAAC